CUGUAUAGCGAUAUAAAAUCUCCCAGCUCCCAAAAGAAUGAUUACAUUCAUCUGACAAUUAGUAAGGGUGGUAUUAUGUUGAGAGAAUAGCUUGUGGAUUGUCUAAAAGGCUCAUACUGGAUUCUCUGAAGGAACGCAGCGUCUGAGUUCAUUCACCAUGGGGAGAGAGGAUGGGGACAUGCCAGACUCUCUACCAACCAUCCCUGAGGAGGUAUUUGCAAAAGGCUACCCCAACCUGGCCUUCCAUGAGGAUAAGAAGCCUCAGGAGCGGAUGACAGAGGGGCAGCCAACCGUUGACACGGAACGCAAGCCAAAGAAGGGCCUCGGAAGGAAGAAAAAAGAACCAGCCAAAGCAGUGGGAUUUUUCCAGUUGUUCCGCUACGCUACUGGUUGUGAGGUGCUCCUGAUGAUAAUCGGCCUGCUAUGUGCUGCCCUCCACGGGAUAGCCCUGCCCCUUAUGUGUGUUGUGUUUGGACAGAUGACCGACAGCUUUGUACAAAGUGGACAGCAGCUCAACCUUACAGCCAAUUUCACUGUGGAGGAGAUCAGCGCUUUAUUGAACUCAACUGACGGAUGUAUUCAAAUUCCUGGAGUUGAUAUAGAGGCUCUAAUGACUCGACAUGCCUAUUACUUCAUUGGGAUCGGUUGUGCUGUGUUCCUGCUGGGGACCUUUCAGGUGAUGUUGUUCUUGUUGACAGCCACCAAACAGACCAAACGGAUCAGGGAGAAAUACUUCCAUGCCAUCCUCCACCAACAGAUGUCCUGGUUUGAUACACACCAGAUAGGAGUUCUCAACGUCAGGUUAACAGAUGACAUCAACACAAUCAACGAAGGCCUUGGAGACAAGAUCUGUGUGUUCGUGCAGUUCUUCUGCACCUUCUUGUCAGGGUUCAUCAUUGGUUUCAUCUUCGGCUGGAAGCUAACCCUCGUCAUCCUGGCCGUCAGUCCUCUCCUGGCAGGAUCAGCUGCCGUCUGGUCCAAAAUACUUGCCACCCUGACCAGUAAGGAGCUGUCUGCCUAUGCCAAAGCAGGGGCGGUAGCUGAAGAGAUACUGGUGGCUAUCAGGACAGUUGUGGCUUUCAAUGGACAGAAGAAAGCUGUGGAAAGGUAUGAAAGAAACUUGGAGGAGGCUAAAAACUUUGGAAUAAAGAAGGCCAUCACCACUAACGUGUCCAUGGGCUUCACCCAGUUUGUCAUAUUUGGGACGUACGCCUUGGCUUUCUGGUACGGGACCAAGCUCUCUGUAGACGAGCCUGAAAACUACACCAUUGGAAAGACCAUUACAGUCUUCUUCUCAGUGAUGAUUGGGGCGUUCUCUUUGGGCCAGGGUGCGCCUAACUUGGAAGCCAUCGCCAAAGCCCGGGGUGCUGCCUAUGAAGUCUACAAUACCAUUGACCAGCCGCGGCCCAUAGACAGCAGUUCAAAGGAAGGUCACAAACCAGACUGUGUGAGAGGAGACAUUGAAUUCAAGAACAUCCACUUCAGCUACCCCUCCAGGAAAGAUGUCAAAAUUCUUCAAGGAGUGAAUCUGACAGUGCCUCGUGGGAAGACCAUAGCUCUGGUUGGAGCCAGUGGAUGUGGGAAGAGCACCACCAUUCAGCUACUGCAGCGCUUUUAUGAUCCAGACUCAGGAGAGAUUACCCUGGAUGGUCGGGACAUCCGGACCCUGAAUGUGAAGUGGCUGAGGGAGAAUAUGGGUAUCGUCAGUCAGGAACCUGUGCUAUUCGGAACAACCAUUGCAGAAAACAUCCGCUAUGGCAGAGAGGAUGCCACAGAUGAGGACAUCGAACGGGCCGUGAGGGAGGCCAACGCGUACGACUUCAUCUCCAAACUCCCCGAUAAGCUGAACACCAUGGUGGGGGAGCGGGGAGCCCAGCUCAGUGGAGGACAGAAGCAGAGGAUAGCUAUCGCCCGGGCCCUGGUCAAAAACCCGAAGAUCCUCCUGCUGGACGAGGCCACCUCCGCCCUGGACACCCAGAGUGAGUCGGUCGUUCAGGCCGCUCUGGAUAAGGCCAGAGCGGGCCGCACCACAAUAGUGAUCGCCCACCGCCUGUCCACCAUCAGAACAGCUGACGUGAUCGCUGGCUUCAGCAACGGAGAGGUGGUGGAGCAGGGAACACACAGGGAACUCAUGGCCAAGAAGGGGGUUUACUACUCUCUGGUCAUGCAGCAGAGUCAAGGGAAGCCAGAGGAAGAUGAAGAGGACCCUGUGGAAGAGGACAACCCUCCUAAAUAUGAGGAUCUGGAUUCGGUCCUAUAUGACUCAUCUGACAUGGAUGAGCUGGAAGUGGGAAACGAGGAAGGAAUAGAAAAUGGCGGCUUUGAAAAGAACUCAAUCAGCAGCGGCCGUGUGGAAAUGAAACCAACCAGGAGGAAAUCUAAGAAGUCCAAGAAGGACAAGAAGAAGGAAAAUAAACCAGAUGAAGCUCCAGACAUCCCCUUCACCAGAAUCCUGGCCUUGAACAAGCCCGAGUGGCCGUACAUGUUGGUAGGAACCCUGUCUAGCUUGGUGGGGGGAGCCGUUUAUCCCUGUGUCGCCAUCAUCUUCGCCAAGAUCAUUGGGGUGUUUUCCGAGGUUGACCCGGAAGUCAAACGACAGAAAACCAUGAUGUUUUCCCUGCUCUUCCUUCUCAUCGGAGGAGGCUUUGUCACCUACUUCUUAAAGGGUUACAUGUUUGGAAAGUCAGGAGAGCUUCUUACCAUGAGGCUGAGGAGGCAGGUAUUCCAUGCCAUGAUGAGACAGGAGAUUGGAUGGUUUGAUGACAACAACAAUGCAGUGGGAGUUUUAACCACCAGAUUGGCCACCGAUGCAUCUCUGGUUAAAGGGGCGACUGGGUCUAGGUUGGGUCUGGCCACCAACACAGUCUGUGCUCUCACCAUCGCCAUUGUGGUGGCCUUCAUCCACAGCUGGCAGCUCACCCUCCUAUCCUCGCCUGUGUGCCCUUCCUCAUUGGAGCCAACUUCAUUCAGAUGAGGGCCAUGGCAGGCCACGCCUCCAAAGACCAGGGUGCCCUGGAGCAGUCUGGGAAGAUAUCUACAGAGACCGUUGAAAACUUCAAGACAGUUGUUGGAUUGACACGGGAGGAUGUCUUCUUUCACA